AUGAAUCCUCUGAACUCUCUAGUAUUUGAUCUCCAGAGUAUCAAGCUUGCAGACGCAAACUCAGAUACAACUACACUAUCAAAUAGCAACACUCCAAUGAUGAACAAUACAGCUCCUCUACAAAGGACCUCCUCUCUUUUGGAUUCCAUUGGCAUCCAAAGAGGGUCCUCUCCAUUUGUACCAGCAAGCGUUAAUGCUGUUAAUGGUGCCGGUGCUGUUCCAAUGAAUGCAUAUGGUGCUGAAAUUGCUGGAUCUGGCCCACAGAUACCUGUUAAUCAAGACAACAGCGGUGCGUUCAACGUGGCGUCUAAUUUGCAUGUGAGCACUAGCAGUGCUUCUCUUAACAACAAUCAGCCGAACGCAUUGCCGAAUAUGGGUUCUUAUCUUUUCAAUUCAGCAGGACUUGCCUCUAACGCUGGCAACCAACUUCCACCGCCUGGUAUAGAAUCGCAGUGGAAAUACGUUGACUCGAACGGUAACAUUCAAGGCCCCUUUAGUAGCAACAAUAUGUCACAAUGGUAUCAAGCAGGGUAUUUCACCCCGACCUUGCAGAUUUGUAGAUUAGCAACAUCUAUCGAGCCAUUUGGUGUGAGUGAUCAGUUCAUCACACUGGGUAAAUUAACUACCUUGGUUAACAACUAUCAGGACCCAUUUACCACUUUUGAUUUUAUUGCAAUUACGGCAUUAAGUGGUGUUCCAUCUGUCACACCAAUUGCGCCAGAAAACCAAAAGGUUGAAACAAAAAAGUUAAAGCCUACUGCUGAUGUGCAUAGUGAUGACUUUACUUACGAAGAGAUAUUAAAUCUCAAGUUUGAAGACGGAAGCUACUAUCGUGAAACUCAAGUUUGGGUUCCUGUAAACGGCCGUCAUGUCACGAAAGUAGACCACAUUCCUGAGAGUAUUAAGAAGUCUGCACCUACUGCUGGCGUUGAAAAAAGAGCCCGUUCUAAUGAACCAAAAAGUGCUCCAACUAAAGCGAGCGCAGAGGAGUACAAAGUGGAAACUGCUAGCGAUGAAAACGAAUUACCUCAGGAAGCCCAAAACGCUGACGAGAAAACCAUUCUUCAAGAUUCAAUUCUGUCAAAAGUGCAAGAGGUUGAACAAAUAUCUCCAGAGAACAGGGAGCUAGAAAACACUUCUCAAAUAUCUUCUGAAGAACAAAAAAGGUUUGCAAAAGCAGAAUUGAUGGCUCAAAAAUUGCUGGAAGAACAACAAAGACAAGAAGAAGAAAAAAAGAGAAGAGAAGAACAGCGCAAUCUAAAGAAAGAGAAAAAACUAAAGCAAAAGCAAAAGAAGGAAGAAGAUAAAUUGAAAAAAAAGAAGAAGGAAGACGGGAAGUUAGAAAAAGAGAAACAAAAGGAAUUGUUAAAUAGUAUCUUGAGUGAAGAUACAGAGUCCUCCUCGCCCACUGAAAGCCCUGUCGCCUCUUCCGGUACCAAUUUAGCACCCUGGGCUAACAAGCAAGCAGACGAUGCUGUCUCUAAUCAAAUAUCUUCUGCAUUAGAAGAUCUGAAGAAGAAAAACACAUUAAAGAAAGAGAAGAAGCCUAGUCGUACUCAAUUAGACCGCGAAGAAGCAUUGAAAUUACAAAAGGAAAUACUAGGUUCAACGCAGGCUCAAACAACAGCUCAUACCGCUUCUGCCUGGGGUAUAAAGCCACAACAGCAACCAAUCAAGCUUGACAUCAAAGAAGAAUUGUUGAAAGGCUCUAAAAGUGCAAAGGGUCUGCCAACAGUUAACAAGAAGAAAAUGAGUAAGGAUGAUGAUUUCCAAUCAAACUCUACUUUCAUUGAAGAACAGAAAAAGCUGUGGGAACAAGUUCAAAAGAAAUCCAAGAAAUCCAACCGCAUUACCUCGCUCGAUGAUUUCAUUUCAAGGACGCCUUCCCCAUUAUCUUCAGCGGCCAAUUCGUCAAAUCCUAGUAAUGCGUGGACCACGGUUUCUUCUAAGAGUACUACCACUUCGACAACUUCAGCGGCCCCCGUGUCCGUAAAUCAACCAAGGUCAUACAUUAGUCCUGAUAAACUACGUUCUGUAGGAGGAACAGCCAGUACAAUAAAAACUAAGGCAAACGGGAAGGGUAAGCAAAUCGGCUCAUCUACUAGUAUCCCUAACCUGAAAGCCCGUCAAGCUAAAGUAUCACGAGCUCCUGCCUAUCCCGGUAAUGCUUCGGUUUCUAAGCGUCAAGAAUUUUUGAAGUGGUGUCGGUCUCAAUUGAAGUUAAACUCAGGCGUUCAACCCGACAAUGUUUUAGAAAUGUUGCUGAGCUUGCCACCAGGUCCUGAGUCUAAAGAAAUCAUUGCUGACACCAUAUAUUCUUAUAGUUCAACCAUGGAUGGUAGAAGAUUUGCUACUGAUUUUACCAAAAAGCGCUUAGAAUGCGAAGAACAAAUCAGCGAUCCAUUAAGCUGGAGCGAAGUAUUAACUAUGCCCGAAGGUAGUUCUGAAGAUUGGGAAUUCCAAGUCGUUGGUAAGAAGAAAGGAAGACGCUUCUAA